GUAUUAUUUUGCGGGUUGCCGCCGACGGUCAUACUGACACAGAAAAUGCAAAAAAAGUAAAAGCAAAAAAGUUAAGCGUAGGCGUGACAAACGGGUGAAAAAGCGUUGUAAGAAGAACUGUUGUUGACACAAAAAAGCAUAAGAGUAAACCCAAGUGCGGCACGCAAAUCAAAAGCAAAAGAAAGACAAAAUCAGUUAGGCAAAGCCAGAAAAUAGUGCAGCCCUUGGCGGCCAUUCAAAUGAAUAGUCCUCGCUCAAACGCGCUCAAUGGCGGCGGCAGCGUCGGCAGCGGCGGGGCCAUCUCUGCCCUGCCCAGCACCCUGGCACAAUUGGCGCUGCGCGAUAAGCAGGCGGCCUCUGUUACCAGCAAUGGCAGCAGCGAAUCCUCGGUCGGUCGACCGGCAGUGCAGCCCCCGAGUGUGCCAUCGAUAGUCGCCAGCAAGCUGGGCGAGUCCACACCCACAUCUGCUGGAGCGCCCUCCAAUGGUGAUUCGAACAAACUGACCCACGAUCUGCAGGAGAAGGAGGUCCAGAAGCCAGCCAAGCCGCCGCUGCCAGUGCGCCAGAAGCCCAUGGAGAUCGCCGGCUACGUGGGCUUCGCCAAUCUGCCCAAUCAGGUGUACCGCAAGGCGGUGAAGCGCGGCUUUGAGUUCACCCUGAUGGUGGUGGGCGCCAGUGGGCUGGGCAAGUCCACGCUCAUCAACUCCAUGUUUCUGUCCGACAUCUACAAUGCGGAGCAGUAUCCGGGGCCCUCGCUACGCAAGAAGAAGACGGUCGCCGUGGAGGCCACCAAGGUGAUGCUCAAGGAGAACGGCGUCAACCUGACGCUGACCGUGGUGGACACACCCGGGUUCGGCGAUGCCGUAGACAACAGCAACUGCUGGGUGCCCAUUCUCGAGUACGUGGACAGCAAGUACGAGGAGUACCUGACGGCCGAGUCGAGGGUGUACCGCAAGACCAUUUCGGACAACCGGGUGCACUGCUGCUUGUACUUCAUAGCGCCAUCGGGGCACGGCCUCCUGCCACUGGACAUUGCCUGCAUGCAGAGCCUGUCGGACAAGGUUAACCUGGUGCCGGUGAUUGCCAAGGCCGACACCAUGACGCCGGACGAGGUGCAUCUGUUCAAGAAGCAGAUACUCAAUGAGAUUGCUCAGCAUAAGAUUAAGAUCUACGACUUCCCCGCCACGAUCGAGGAUGCGGCAGAGGAGUCGAAGACCACGCAGAAUCUGCGUAGCCGUGUGCCAUUUGCCGUUGUCGGAGCCAACACGAUUAUCGAGCAGGACGGGAAGAAGGUGCGCGGUCGGCGGUACCCGUGGGGCCUGGUCGAGGUGGAGAAUCUGACACACUGCGACUUCAUUGCCCUGAGGAACAUGGUGAUCCGGACGCAUCUGCAGGACCUCAAGGACGUCACGAAUAAUGUGCACUACGAGAACUAUCGCUGCCGCAAGCUGUCCGAGCUGGGCCUGGUCGAUGGCAAGGCGCGGCUCUCGAACAAGAACCCCCUGACCCAGAUGGAGGAGGAGAAGCGCGAGCACGAGCAGAAGAUGAAGAAGAUGGAGGCCGAAAUGGAGCAGGUGUUCGACAUGAAGGUCAAGGAGAAGAUGCAGAAGCUCAAGGACUCCGAGCUAGAGCUGGCCCGCCGUCACGAGGAGCGCAAGAAGGCCCUCGAGCUGCAGAUCAGGGAGCUGGACGAGAAGCGGCGGGAGUUUGAGCGCGAGAAGAAGGAGUGGGAGGACAUCAACCAUGUGACGCUCGAGGAGAUGAAGCGGCGGAGCCUGGGCGCCAACAGCAGCACCGACAACGUAGACGGUAAGAAGGAGAAGAAAAAGAAGGGUCUGUUCUAAGUCAACCCAGAGGAAUGAAUUUCUCCUUCUAUUUAUCCCUCUCAAUCCUCCAUCCUCCCAUCCGCCAUCCGCCACCCGAUAUACUUAAGCGCUAAUCUCGAGAACAAACAAAAAACUUAACUGAUCGCGAAUGAUAAACAUAGCGUAACCAUAAAUAUACAUACCUUUAAAUAUACAUAUACUACUAAUAGAAGUGCUACCGAAAUACAUACAAACUUAUAUCUAUUGUUGGGCCCCUCAGCCGCCCCACAAGGCUUUUCCGCACAGCAGUCGCACUCCGAACGCGUUGCAUUUGUUUUCUACUUACUAUACAAGUACAUAUAGCAGUUAUUAUCGCAGUAUUCUACCGAUAUACAAUAUACACUUAUUCAGAUCGAAACUACUUGACGAUGACGAAGAGAUUUUUGCUAGCCUAAAUGAAUUGAAAGCC